AACCAAUCGGUUUAGUGCUUGUUGAGCGGCGACAGCAACCGUCGUACACAAGGUGCUGGAGAGGCUGGCGAGAGCGUAGUCGGGCCAUGAACUUGGGAGAUGGUUUAAAGCUUGAAACUGAAUUACUGAAUGGAAAAACCAAGCUAAUACUAUCUCCGUAUGAACAUAAGUCAAAAAUUUCUGUGAAGAUGGGCAAUAAAACCAAGAUUGGAAAGUGUCCCGUAAGAACAAAACAACCUAGAAACAGUGUAAAGUCAACACAAAAUACUUUUAUUGGGAGUGAAGAACUUUUGCAAAAGAAGACAAUUGGUUUGGAAACUUCACAGGCAAGAGGUGAAAAGAGUAGAAUGACACUCUCACCCAGUAAGGAUUUAUGUAAGCCAUAUACAGAUGAAGACUGUCUUCUUAUCCAAAAAGAAAUUUUACCUGCAGUCCCUAAUAUACAGAAAACUAGAAACACCACAAAUACACCUCUAGGAACUAAACAGAAGACUUGCAAAAAGCACAUCACAGCUGAAACUAUGAAUAGCAGUUUGGUGUGUCUUACACAAGAGCAACUACGACAAACUUUGAUGACUGUAAACGAAGGAAAGGGAUCUGUUUCCAUGACAGAGAAUGAAAAGGAGGAAGAAACAAGUCAGGAUAGACUACAUUUAAACAAUAUUCCUAAUCAGCCCAAGAAAGAGAACAUUAUAGGAUUACUCCAAAAAACUGAUGCUGUUUCAUUUGUUCCAAAUGAAAAUAAAUGUGUCGUUAAUAAAAUCCAGGAGGCAUCUAAACAGUCUGAGCAGAAAGUCAUCACAGAGAAUGAGUGGAAACCAGCUGACAUUUUCAGUACUCUUGGUGAAAGGGAACGUGAUAGAAGUUCAUUGGAAGCAAAAAAAGCCCAGUGGAGGAAAGAGCUAGAUGAACAGGUUGCUUUAAAGAAGAAAGAGAAAGAAGCUUCUGAAAAACAGAAUAAUUCUUGGAAAAAAUCUGAAAAUGAUAAAAUAACAUUGGAAAAACUUCAGAUUCUUGACCAAUUUAGGGACAAAGAACAUGACAGAUGGGCAGUGCAUUUUGAUUCAUUCAAGAGUCAUCCUGGUUCUCAAUCUCAGCUGUCCUCUCAAUCUCAAUCAACACACAACCAACCAGAGUACUUCAGUGUCUCUCCUGAUACUCGGGAGCUGGCUGAUUUUGGCAGCGUUUCUACACCUACAAUUGGAAGCCAGCUUGAACCUUCAGAGGAGGAGCAGGUAGCAAAGCCUGUUAGGGAUGUGGCUGUGGCAAACAGUCAGAAAACAAACUUUCUUCGUUCUAUGACUGCUCUGUUGGACCCGGCACAGAUUGAAGAACGGGACAGACGACGACAAAAACAGUUAGAACAUCAGAAAGCAAUCACUGCUCAGGUGGAAGAGAAACGCAAGAGGAAGCAAUUGGAGGAAGAGAAAAGAAAGAAGGAAGAGCAGGAAGAGGAACGUCGCUUGACACGGGAACAAGAAGAGAUGCAGAAACAGAAUGAAGAAGAUAUACUUAAGCAAAAACAAAAGGAAGAAAUCAUGACUCUCAAGACAAAUGAGCUAUUCCAGGCAAUGCAGAGAGCACAGGAGCUGGCUCAAAGACUGAAACAAGAACAAAGAAUCCGAGAACUGGAUCAAAAGGGACAUGACACUUCCAGAUUGGUUAAAAAUCUUGGUGUUGAUAAGGUACAUGUGGAAUAUAAUGCAUCCACUAACAUUUCAAAUUCAAGAUAUGACUUUGAUGAAGCUGGUGGUAAAACAAAUAGAUAUAUCAGUUCUACUACGACUUCUCCCAAAAAGGACACCGGUGUGCAAACAGAUGACUUAAAUACAGGAAUAUUCACCAGUACAGAACCACACUGUGGACCAAUAAUAGAGACGGAAGUUAUAUAUUGUUCAUCUCCCGAGAUUUCUGUAGAAUUUAAUGGUCAGUUUAACAAAGACAAGCAAGAACUUGGUGAGGAUAAAGGAGCCAACUUAGAAAAAGAAAACAAUUGGUAUGACCAGUGUAAUUACUUCAUAAGAACAGAGAAGAAACAAAUACAACAUACAAAGAAAUGUCCUAAAAGGCCUGAUUGGAAUAUAAAUAAGCCUCUCAAAAGGUAUGUUCCAGCAUCAGAAAAGUACCCUAAACAGCUUCAAAAGCAGAGAGAAGAAAAGAAGGUAAGGCGGCAGAUGGAACUGCUUCAUUUGGUAGAGAGAAAUAAUCCUGAACACCUCUGUCAAAAUAGAAGCACUUCGCCAGAAGUUCUUCAGUCAUUCCAUCAAGAAACUGAGUCAAAGAUCGGGUGGCAUCUUUUCAAAAAGGAAGAACCAUCUCUGAAAAUUCAUUCAUUCAGCAAGGAAAGAUUGUGACCAAGAACAACAGCUGUGCAACUCUGACCUUGUCAAGGAUCCACUUCUUAAUCCUAACUUGCUGAAAAACAGGGAUCAACAGCAAGCAAUCCUUAAGGGACUGUCAGAAUUGAGACAGGUAUGAGUUUUCCAUCAAAUCUAGACAUGACUAUUCAGUGUGGAAUGGGGGGAACUGGCUGUUUUAUGUGACUUACAUCCCAGUUUUUAAGAACAAGUACUUCAGUUAAAUGGAAAUAAAAUGGAACUUUCCUCAAAUUUGCUUUCACCUUACCAUCUUUAAAAAUGUCUUUCAGUAUAAAAUCAUGAGACAGUUUUAUUGAAUAAAAAUGCAUACAUUUAAAUGGCAAAACAUGAUCAGUAAUGCCCAGUUACGCCCUAAAAGUUUUUAACCAGUGUGGUCUACAGUUCUUUAAAAUGUAUGUGUUGGCAGUUUAGAACAGAACAUUGUCUGUCCCAAAGAAUAAUUAUAAUUUUGAAACUAUAUGCAUAACUUUACUCGCUAGACUUUUUCUCCCAGUCCAGUUUUUUUGGUCUCAUAACUUUGUUCUUAUCAGAUUAUUAUAACUUGGCUGCAUCCAUUAAAACCUAUCCCUGAGCUUUUGACUCAUGUGUUCUUUUCACAUCCACUCAUUUACCAAUGCCAAAAAGUUGGUUCAGGUGUUGCUUUCCUUUUAUACUGCUAAAAACCACCCUACUCUGGCCCAUUUACUCAUUCGAAGACAAAUUAAAAUGAGGUUGUGUGCCAGCUCUGGUUACAGAUAACAGGAGAUUCAUAUAACUCAGCCUUGGUAACUCACAAAAGAGCUCCAAAGGCGAGAGGAAGGAGUAUAAUGUACAUUCACCAAACCAGUAUACCCUUGCCUUAUUUCAGCAGAGCUCUUACAUUAGCCACUAAGAUUAGUGCUGUCACAAUAAACAAUGGACUUUAAGGAAGUCUUCAGUAUCUCAUCCCCAUUUUAAGAGCACUUGGGAGUGGAAUUUCAUCUUGAAGCCUCAUCAUUAGGGAAGGUUUUUUUUUUUUUUUCCAUUAUGGAGGUUUUUAAAAGUCAUCCCUACUGGUAAAAACAAUCUUACAAGGGGCCAGGGAUUUAGCUCAGUGGUUUUGCCACCUGCUGUGCAAGCGCAAGGACCCGAGUUCGAUCCCCGGGUCCCCCCCCCCCAAAUCUUACA